AUGGAUUCCACUGCAUCCUCACUGUGCCCGUUCUGCAAUAUCGCCUCCUCAUAUCUCCCAAUCCCCUUCAACGACCCUGAGUCCAAUCCAGUUUCUACCGCCCCAGAUUCAGAUCCAUUGUCUCACGUUAUCCUUUCCACCGAGCGUGUUCUCGCCUUCUUGGACAUCAUGCCGCUGACACGCGGCCAUGUCAUUGUGGCGCCAAGAACUCACUACAAGUUGCUAGGUGCCAUGGGCGUUCAAGCAGGACAAGAGAUUGGGAAAUGGCUUCCUAUUCUCUCCAGGGUUGUGACGAAGACUGUAUUCGGCGAUGAUCCCGAUAGACAAUGGAAUGUUGUGCAGAACAAUGGCGAAAGAGCAGCACAGGUAGUACCCCACGUCCAUUUCCACAUCAUUCCGCGUCCUGCACAAGGGGUCAACCAAAGAACAAGCUUUGCUAUGUUCGGCCGUGGGCAGAGAGAGGAGCUCGACGAUGAUGAGGGUGCAGCUCUAGCUCGUGAAUUGAGAAUUGAACUAGCCAAGGAAGUCGAACGGAUUCUGAGGGACGAGGGUGUGGACUUGGCUGCAGAUUUAGUGCCAAAAGGAAGCCAGCGGGGAAAGUUGUGA